CGAGAGCUUGCGUUAUUACCACGCUGGAAAAAUGGCGUCUUAGUUUUCUUAUACAAAGUUACUGUCAACGCCUCACUCGACGCGAAAAUUAUAAUCGCAUAUAAGUAUGGGACUGUGCAAAUGUCCCAAGCGAAAGGUGACGAACCUUUUCUGUUUUGAACACAGAGUCAAUGUAUGUGAACAUUGCCUGGUGGCAAAUCACGCCAAGUGCAUAGUCAAGUCAUACUUGCAGUGGUUGCAAGAUAGUGAUUACAGCCCAUUAUGCACACUGUGUAACAGAUCAUUAUCAGAUGAAGAGUGUGGAGAGUGUGUCCGACUUGCUUGCUAUGAUGUGUUCCACUGGUUAUGCUUGAAUCAGCAUGCCCAGUGCCUUCCAGCUAAUACUGCACCAGCUGGCUACACAUGUCCUAGCUGCAAUACUUGUAUUUUCCCACCUUCUAACCUUGCUACCCCAGUGGCUGAGGCUUUACGAGUUCUGCUACAGCAGGUCAACUGGGCACGUGCUGGUCUGGGACUACCAUUGAUAGAUGAGCCAGAGCUACCCCCACCACCAGCCCCUGGACAGUUGGAAAAAGAUGAUUUUACCAGUUCACAAGAACCACCACUUGGAACCAGCACACCUGCAAAGGCAGAUAGCUCGAUAAGUAGCACUCCUACAUCGGCUGCAUCAACACCUAGCAAUUACUCAAGACCUAGUGCUCAGGUACCACCAUAUUCAACUACACCAACUGGCCCUGUUCUACAAGGUCACCAUGGCAAUACGCCUCACAGCGUGAUCAAUGUUGAUGAAGGCACAUCAGUUCGUCAGUUUUCAAAUCCGCGUAAGCUGUUUGACUCAACAAAAGAUGACGGUCUCUUCAAUCAGUCUCAUGACCACGAUGAAGACAAGUAUAAACGACGACCAGCCUUUCAGUGGCUUGCACGCUGGUUUCGAUCCAGAGAGAGUUCCAGACGAAAGGAUCCUAAUGCUAUCCGGAAACGCAUCUUUAUGUUUCUUGUACUUGGUGUCGUUGCAUUUAUCACUGUUGUUAUUUUUUUGUCUCAAGUGGGCCGCCAGGUCUCGGACAGUGACCCUUUCUUAGACCCACUGAAUAACCCACACAUUAAAGUGCAACAAGCACUAAAUGUUAACUGAUAAACCAGAACUUUGAUCAUUGCCUGGAAUAACUAAAAAUUCUGUUUAUUUUUUGACUGUCUUAUCUGUGAUGGACUUUUAUUCCUCAUUUUAGCUUAUCCCCCUUCUUGCUUGCAUGUUGCUAAUGCCACUGUUAAGUAGAUAAUUUUGAGCUGACCCUGUAAAAAUGCUUUUUAAACAAAAAUAGUAAUCUGAUAUUUUCUACAAAGCAAGUGUCACUUUCAAUGGAUAACAUAAAGGAAAUAUUUUAAUACAAACUACAUUAUUACUUUGUGUCGAAUUAUAAUGUGCAUUUCACUUUUUAUUGCAUUAAAAGUAUUUAGUCUCAUGCUUUUGUUUUUUUUUUGUUUUUGUUUUGUUUUUUUUUUUUUGCUAUUUGUCCUUUUUCCAUUUGUCUCCCCAACCUCAUUUCUAGUGUAUUUGUAUUGAAAUUAUAGGAAUCUGCCUUAAGUCUUCUCGUUGAUUUGCUCGUCAUUAUUUAUCUUGCUUGAAGUGUAUAUUGCUGUCAAAUGUUGAAACAGUUGCUUUACGUCCUUUUUCACUAAAGGGGUUGUGAAAGCAGGAAAGAAUGAUUUCAAAGAGAGGAUGUGUGUAUGUGUACAUGCCUUCAUGUAUGUGUACAUGUGUAUGCUAAUGUGCUUAGCAGAAUGACCAAAUGUAUAUAAAUAUUAUGAACUUUUGUCAAGUUGAACAGUCAUUUGCACUGCUGUAAGACAAGUGUUUAAGACAGUGCUUCUUAAUGUGAAUAUGCCAUAUAUAUUUAGUAUAUUUUUGUUGCGCCUAUGGCUUGAAUUUUUUUUUUUUAAAUGGCUUAUGUUACUAUCUUAUCAAGACUGAUUUGGAAAAGUGUGAAAAGACAGGUUUGAUGAACAUUGAGAUCUGUUAUUUAUCCACAUGGUUGCUAGCCAUUUAAAAUAAAAUAUGCAGUUUCUUCUUAUUUGUUACGUUUUUUUUAACCUAUUUAACAAGGACCAUGUUAUGCUUCUCUAUAUAGGAAAUCAUAAUUUUUGUGACUGCUUGUCUGUCCAGCUAUUUGCUCAGGACUCCUUGUCAGCAAUUUUUUUUCAACAGGAUACUUUUUGGCAAUUCACAAGUGAAACAGAUCACCACUAAAAACAUAAUGUCCAUAUGAUGUGGAAGUUGUUUGACAGUACGUUAUUGAUGAAAUGGUUGCUAUGCGUUCAUCUACUUUUGCGAAAUAUUCCAUUUCAACCCUGAUUACAUUAUUUUCUACCAUAACACUUUCAGUGCACCUUUGUGGUUAACUCGUGGAAACUAAGGGACCUGUUGCUGUACAACGGACUUACAUCUUGUUUUGAAAUGUCUGCCACAUAAUGGGGAUUUGUACAGACACUGUUGGUGUAAAGUAAUUGUUAUACAUGUUUGCUUGUUGAAAAUGCCAUGUUCACAUGUGUAAAAUGCAUCCAAAAAAGAAAACAGUAAUGUGGGCAAAUACUA